AUGGAUGAGCUGCCAGGACCCGUUAUAGAGAAGCUACAGAUCCUUCAGAAAGUGGAAUCAGAGCACCCAUUAAUGGCUCAUGCUCCAGUGGAAAAGUACUAUACAGCACUGGUCACGGGAGACCUGAGAAACAUCAAGGUCCUGACUGAUAAAUAUUAUGAAGACGUCAAUCUGAUUUUUGAGAUCAUUAAAAAUGAGCUGGAAUGGCAAGUGAAAAGCCUGGCCUCUUUUGGAUUGUCAGGCCUGUGGACCCUAGAAUACAAGAGGGAACUGACCACCCCACUGUGCAUCACUGCCAGAAAUGGACACACUGCCUGCGUGCGUCACCUGCUGUUCUGGCGGGCAGACCCCAACAUGGCUCCAGGAGGCCAGAGUGCUCUGCAUGAGGCCUGCGAGGGGGGCCACACGGACUGCACGGAGCUGCUGCUGGAGCACAAAGCCAACCCCAACCUCCUGAGCGAGGAAGGUUUGGCACCACUGCAUCUGUGCACCAACCAGAACACGCUGGGAUGUGCCAAACUGCUGGUGAAGUAUGGCGCGAUGGUUGAUCUACCAAGUGAAGAGACACAGGAGACACCACUUCACAUAGCAGCUAAACAUGGCCUCUACGAUCACGCUCUCCUGUACUUGAGGUAUGGCACUAGUGUGGAUAGGAAGAACAGUCGGGAAGAAACAGCACUCAGCGUGACUUGCGGACAGGCAAAAGAACAAGAGGAGCAAGGAAGCUACUUGCAGGUGUGCAGAUUGCUGGUUAUGUACGGAGCAGAUGUCAACACCACAGAUGAAGAGGAGAAGAGUCCUCUCCACAAAGCCUGCAAGAAUGCUAGUCACGGCUUGGUCCAGUUUUUGCUGCAGAAUAAAGCGGAUGUGAAUGCCAUUGAUUACAACGGAGCCUCCCCCCUGUCCUGUAUCCUACAGACCGCAGCCUUCAAGCAGCAAUGGAGGCCACAUCUCACAGUGCAGACACUGCUGAACCACGGCUCCCAAAAAAUCUGGCCUAUGGCCUUUGGGAAGGUGCUGAGGUCUUGUGCAUCUGUGCCAGAGAUCAUUGAAAUCCUCUUCAAUUCCUACUCUCAAGUCCCCAUCUCCGAGCAGUGGCGGGAGGCUAUUCCAGAGGAGAUAUUUCAGAUGCACCUGCCCUUUUAUGAAUCCUUUUUCAUGUUGGCAUGCACACCUCGGUGUCUGCAACAUUUGUGCCGUUUCGCCAUUCGGAACCAGUUUGGCAGCAAAUGCCACUACCUUAUCCCCUCAUUACCUGUGCCCAAACCCCUACAAAACUACCUGCUGCUGGAGCCUGAAGGAAUAUUGCUUUGA